CGGGACGCAUGUUGGGACGCUGGCUUCCUCCUGGCGCGUGUAGGUGAGCUGCUGGUGCGUUCGUGUCCUCGCGGGAUGAACGUGUAGCCGAGCUGCGCCGCUUUGAUGUUGAUCUUCAGGCAGGGAUGCGCUGCACACACACAGGAUUCAUCAAAACAAUGUCCGGCUGAAGUUUCCACUCCGCUCCGCAUCGGCUGCCGCGUCCAGGUCGCUUUUUUCGCGGCUGCUCGCGAGCACGACUCGUAUCUGCUUCUGGUUGGUACCGGUGCUAGACAGCGAUCUGCCGCUCUGAUUGGAGUAGCCAAAUCAAAAGCCUCAUGGGGAUUGGCUGCUGCUGCUGGUCGUCUGCUUCCUGUCUCCAGCCUUGAGGGAUUCUUGAGGGACCGUCCUGAGUGUUGGAUCAGCCUGAACACACACAUUCAAACCCCCCCACAAACACACCCACACACACUCACACACACACACACGCACACACACUCACACACACUCCCAGACAUCCACAGUUCUGGCAGGAUAACAGCCUCCUGAUCGCCACUCUGUAGAUCACGUCUGCACUUGCACAAACACACGUCUGUUCUGCAACACGCACACCGAGCCGGGUGCUCAGCUGCCGCACUGCGUGGACGCCCACCUGACUGACCUGUCAGCGAUGACAUCACACAGCCACCAAGAGGGGAUCCUGGGAAAGGAGCAGCCGCUGGAGGUUCUGAAGACAUCGGCGCUCAACCACAUCCCAACAGUGGACAUCAACUCGGCGCUGCCCCUGCGUCUCCCUCCGGCCGCCAUCCCCAUGGAUCUACGCGUGGACCAUCACCAGCAACAGCAGCAGGUGUCCUCGCUCUCCCCGCCCGGCCAGCAGUCGUCCGGCCCGGGGUCGCUGGGAGGGACGGGCCAGGUCGGCGGGGGCGGCGUGGUGGGGGCCUCGGUGCGCGAGCAGCAGCUGCAGCAGGAGCUGCUGACCCUGAAGCAGAAGCAGCAGAUCCAGCGACAGAUCCUCAUCGCUGAGUUCCAGCGGCAGCACGAGCAGCUGUCCCGCCAGCACGAGGCCCAGCUGCAGGAACACAUUAAGCAGCAACAAGAGCUUCUGGCGUUGAAGCAUCAGCAGGAGCUGCUGGAGCACCAGAGGAAGAUGGAGAACCACCGUCUGGAGCAGGAGCUGGAGAAGCAGCAGAGGGAGCAGAAGCUGCAGCUGCUGAAGAACAAGGAGCGGGGACAAGAGAGUGCUGUGGCCAGUACUGAGGUGAAGAUGCGGCUCCAGGAGUUUGUUCUGAAUAAGAAGAAGGCCCUGGCCCAGCGGAGCCUCAAUCAAGGAGGCCCCCCCAAUGACGCUCCCUACUGGUACCGCAAAACCCAGCACAGCUCUCUGGACCAGAGCUCGCCUCCACAGACUGGUGUCUCCACCUACAACCACCCUGUUCUGGGUGUCUACAACCCCCGGGAUGACUUCCCACUGCGAAAGACUGCCUCGGAGCCCAACCUGAAGCUGCGCUCCAGGCUGAAGCAGAAGGUGAGCGAGCGGAGGAGCAGUCCUCUGCUGCGGCGUCGGGACAGCCCCAUCGCCACCGCCAAGAAACGCUCACUCGACAUGGCAGACUCGGCGUGUAGCAGCGCCCCCGGCUCAGGCCCAAGCUCCCCGAAUAACAGCUCCAACAACAUCCCCAAUGAGAACGGCAUCACUGUGUCAGUCUGCAACAACACAGAGGCGUCUCUGGCCCAGAGGCUGUGCAGCGGUGCUGAGCGGGGCUCCGUUAACCAGCUGUCCCUCUACACUUCACCAUCCUUACCCAACAUCACCCUGGGACUGCCCGCCACUGCCACGGCCACUGCUGCUUCCAAUGUGACGUCGGCCCAGCAGGAUGGAGGUUUGCAGCCGGCCCUCUCCCUCAGCCCUCCCUUCCUCUCCGGUGGCCACUUGACCCCCUACCUGGCCGAGGCCGGAGCGGGAACAGGUGGGCACGGCGCGCACAGUCCACUUCUUCAGCACAUGGUGCUCAUGGAGCAGAGUCCGGCACAGAGCCCCCUGGUGACAGGCGUAAGCGGCCUGUCCAUGUCGCCGGCAGCAUCCAUGGCCAAGCUGCAGCGGCAGCACCGGCCCCUGGGGCGGACCCAGUCGGCCCCUCUGCCCCAGGGGAGCGCCGCGCAGGCUCACGCUCAGGCCCUGGCCCUGCAGCAGCUGGUGGUCCAGCAGCAGCACCAGCAGUUCCUGGAGAAACACAAGCAGCAGUUCCAGCAGCAGCAGCUCCACCUCAACAAGAUGAUGGCCAAGCCCAGCGAGUCCCCCGUGGGCCGUCAGCACCAGAGCCACCCGGAGGAGACGGAGGAGGAGCUGAGGGAGCACCAGGACGGAGGGGCUCUGCCGCCGGGGGUCACCAUCAAGCAGGAGCCCCCCGACCCGCAGGAGCUGCAGGAGGAGGCGCUGCAGCAGCACAGGGAGCGGGAGAGGCAGGCGGAGCAGGAGCUGCUCUUCAGACAGCAGGCCCUGUUGUUGGAGCAGCAGCGCAUCCAUCAGCUCAGAAACUAUCAGGCCUCCAUGGAGGCUGCCGGCUUGUCGAUCUCCUUCCCGGGACACCGCCCCCUGUCCAGGGCCCAGUCGUCCCCGGCCUCAGCAUCCUCUUUCCCAAUCAGCGUCCCCACCACCGAUCCUCCCACCCAACCUCGCUUCACCACAGGCCUGGUGUACGACUCUCUAAUGCAGAAGCACCAGUGUAUGUGUGGAAACACCAACAGUCACCCGGAGCACGCCGGCCGGAUUCAGAGCAUUUGGUCUCGGCUGCAGGAGACCGGACUCAGAGCGCAGUGUGAGUGUAUCCGUGGGAGGAAGGCCACGCUAGAAGAGCUGCAGACGGUUCACUCUGAAGCCCACGUCCUGCUGUAUGGAACCAACCCUCUCCGACAGAAACUUGAUUGUAAGCACACACACACACAAACGCACACACACAGCAGUAUUAUUACUCAACUGCUAAUAUCCAGGCAUAUUUUAAUGUUUAUUUUCUCGUCACUAGGUUCAAUCACUCCCAUGUUCGUACGGCUACCAUGUGGAGGAGUAGGGGUGGACAGUGACACCAUUUGGAACGAGGUCCACUCCUCCAGCGCAGCUCGUCUCGCUGUCGGCUCUGUGGUGGAGCUUGUUUUCAAAGUGGCCACUCGAGAGCUGAAGAAUGGCUUUGCUGUGGUCCGCCCUCCUGGACACCAUGCAGAGGAAAGCACUCCCAUGGGUUUCUGCUACUUCAACUCUGUGGCCAUCGCAGCCAAACUGCUGCAGCAGAGACUCAAUGUCAACAAGAUCCUCAUCGUGGACUGGGAUGUUCACCAUGGCAACGGCACCCAGCAAGCGUUCUACGAUGACCCCAAUGUCCUUUACCUGUCUAUUCAUCGCUAUGACGACGGCAACUUCUUCCCUGGAAGCGGAGCACCUGACGAGGUGGGCAGUGGGCCCGGAGUCGGGUUCAACGUCAAUGUUGCUUUCACCGGAGGCCUUGAUCCACCCAUGGGGGAUGCAGAGUACCUGGCUGCUUUCAGGUCAGUGGUCAUGCCCAUCGCCAACGAGUUUGCUCCGGACAUCGUGCUGGUCUCUUCUGGCUUCGACGCUGUGGAGGGACAUCCUCCACCACUGGGCGGCUACACUUUGACGUCCAAGUGUUUUGGCUAUCUGACCAGGCAGCUGAUGACCCUCGCUGGAGGCCGGGUGGUCCUGGCUCUGGAGGGGGGUCAUGAUCUCACCGCCAUCUGCGACGCCUCUGAGGCCUGCGUGGCCGCCCUGCUAGGCCAGGAGCUGGACCCGCUGCCGAAGGCCGUCCUCGAGCAGAGGCCCAAUCCCAACGCCGUUCGCUCUCUGGAAAAAGUUUUAGAGACUCACAGUAAGUACUGGCGCUCGGUGCACCGCUACUCACCGCGGCUGGGACUUUCCCUGCUGGAGGCCAAACGAGGAGACUCGGAGGAGGCUGAGGCCGUCAGUGCCAUGGCCUCCCUCUCCGUGGCCAACACCAACGCCAUGGAUCAGAGGCCGGAGGAGGAACCCAUGGAGGAGGAGGAGCCGCUGUAACGGAGGGAAACGUGAGGGUGUCACACCGUUACCUUUGACCUCUCCGGAGAAGCCUCUUUGAGCUGCGAAGAGUCUCGACUGAUCCCUUCAUUUAGUCCCCCUAACCCCACUCACCACGUCAGUCACCUUGAUUGGCGGCCCCUCGGCCAAAAACGAGGGAGAGGGGGUGGGCUCAGCCUCAGAGUAGGGAGCCAAUCAGGAGACGGAGGACUGAAUUGGAAAAAAAAAUUAGACAUACCGGCGGCGCUUGGCGGCGCUCGCUCAGAGACACUCAUUUUUUCUGUCAGUCUUCGCAACCCCACGUUAGCCCACAGCGGCCAACCAUGUGACCAAGGCAGCGGGCGAGUGUAUUUGGAGUUUGCGGCGAGAUCAGGUCUCGCCAUAGAGAGGUGCAGAAACAUCCGGUGCUUUACACAGCUGCCUUCUGACCACAGUAUGGACACCAGGGACAGCGACGAUCCCGGCUGUCAAACACAGCGCGGGAGUUUCUUUCCUCUUUUCUCGACUAUUUUUCCCGACAAACAAAGGGCACCGCGGCAACUGAGAUACUAUUUUACGAGAUGCGUACACUGUGGGCUUUGGUCGGCCGGAGUUUGAGUAGGCUUUUGCAAAGAUUUGCUGACGAGAGCGUCGCAGCCUGUCGUUGACGAGGUUGGCGAGUGAGAGGAGUGCCUUGGUGAGCCGGAUUUCACGAUCGUUCAGGAAAAGAUUGCCUUAAGUCAAAAGAUUUUUCUCGCUGAGGAAUCGGCGCGAGGGAGGGAGACGGAGAGUUUCUGUCCUUUUUCGGGGGACGAGAAUGACAAAAAUAAAGCAAACAAUCUUUCAGCAUGUUUACUUGGAACGUGACGAAGACAACAUUUAUGUCUCGCACAGCCUCUCUCGAAGAGUUAACUUUACUUUUGGAUGGAUCUAUUUUUCUGUAAAAAAGAAAACGCUUUGUAAAGGUAGUUGCCAGCUUCAGUAGUAAAAAACGGUGCAAACAUGGAGACGUUCAGACGAGGAAAUUAGAUUGAAAACUCUCAAAAAGGUUCAGCCUUUGAUGUAGCUUCCCUUUAACUGAAGUCAUUGCUUUGUAAACACAUGAAGCAUGCAUUUGAGCAGAGAGACCAGACGUUUUUUGCAAAAUUUUUGAAUGUUAUCCAAAAGAGAAAGCCAAGCAAGAAAAGCCAAAGCAUGAGUUUGCAUAUACAGUAGUACUUUCACUCCACUUAGCUGGCAAGUCGACAAACACUACUCGUAUUGGCCCUUUCAGAUAAGGCCCCCGUUACCCAGUUCAAUGUGUACUAAUUUAAUCCUUCACACAUGGAGUGAGCAUUCUGUGCGUGUGCCGAUCGGCCUCCCGUGCUUUGCCGGUUGGCAGCUACCUUGGUUUGCUAGUGUGAGCUAAACACGAGUCAUGUAUAUUGAAUUGAAUAUAUUUUGAGAGGCAGUUGCCUGUUUGUAUCUACAUGUAUGAUUUCCACAUCAAGUUGUCAAUUUCCAAUAUCGAACAGCGUGUUUGGUAAGCGUGUCCACUUUUUAUUUUCUAUUGUAUAAGAUUAUUUUUCUAACUUUUUUCAUCCAUAGAUUUUGUUCUGUGUUUUUAUCCGUUUUCUGGAUAGUUAUAGGGCUGCCAUUCACAUACUUAGUACUAUUGUCACUUCUUGUUCAAAACUUUCUUUCUUGUAUUUAUCAUAAAUAAGGAGCAACACUUUCUUCCUUCCUUCCUUCCUUCUUUCCUUCCUUUCUUUCUAUGGCUCUCCAUGCCUUUCUGCAUUUUCAUCAAUUGUGUAUUUAUAACAUGUACUGUUUAUAGGAGAUUUGUAUAUGGAAAAUUUAUAAAUGUACUCUAACUAAUGACAGCUAUGAUAUUGUGAGCGACAAACAGUAUGGUGUACGAUAUUACUCCAUGAACUUUCAAAAAAAGCAGCAUAUUUAACUCGUCAUCGACUGCACUGUUUUGCCCUCAAGUGAAAUCAUAACACGGCACUGCAAUUGACUUUUUGAACAUUUGAUCACUUUGUUGCCUAAUUGACACAUUUUCCUGUUGUGCAUGGGUGCACUUCACCUUUCGACUGUGACAACACAUCCAAAAAGAGUUUUAGAGGCCGCUUCAUGUAGCGCGUCGCAUUGAACUGGGCGGGAAAAGACACGGAAAUGUGGAAUUUGGACGGAAAACAUCAGGGGAUUAUUUAAAAAUCUCUUUCUGAGCAUGUGUUGCACUGUUAUGUUUGAUGCUUUGUAACAUCAGUGCCUCCUUCUUCCCUCUUCCUGCUGAUCUGACACCAGUAGUAGAUCCAGUCACAUUCAGAUUUACCCCCAUCGGUCCACUGCUGUGUUAAACACCAUUAAAGCCGAUUAUCACGUUUAUUUUCAGUUGAUAUCAUUUUAUAAACUUAAAUUUGAGCUUAAGUUGAUUUUUUUUCAUGUCUAACAAAACAUUCCACUUGUUACUUGUUUAAUUAAUUUUUGACAUUUUUUUUAGUGAAUCUGAUUUUUUUUUGUAGAAACUUUUAAUACUGCUCUUUCGUUGUUGCCGUCUGCUCGCGCCAACUUUAACUCUUUGCAUGGUUUGUGAGUCAGCAUGCCUGCUUGUCUAUGUAACAAAAAUGUAUUUGCACAAUAGAAGAAGAACACUGGAGGACUUAAAAAAAAAAAAAACCUCCCACGGCAACUCCCAUGAGCACCAGGCAGGGCGGUUUUCUUCCUCUGUGGUGUGCAAACAAUUCAGAAGACUUUGUCCAAAUGACUCCACUGAGAAACAUUUGAUAUCAUUCUUAAUGAAUCAUUUCCAAGAAGUGAUUUUAACAUGAUUCAGCACUUACGACAUGUGUGGACUGUGCUAUGUGCUACAGAGAAACACGCUCUGCCAAACCUCUGCUACAUUCACACCUUACAAAGACUCUCCCAAAGAAUGUUCCUCUUUCAAAGAUCUUUGAACGGUAGAGAAAUGACGGAUAUCGGUUUGAUUUAAAGGGCAUCGUCGUUUUGAUUGUCACACCCACCUCGGCCAGUUCAAUAUAUAUAACCACUGUGGCUCAAGAGCAAUUCUCGGUUUACAUGUAAAUGGAUAAAAAGUUAUUUUUUGUUUGUUGUUUGUCUCUAUUGAUGAAAAAUGUUAUCUUUCUUUGGGACCUACGCUUUGAACAUUUCAUCUCUGACAUCAUCUAUAAAAUAUAUUUCUGAAAAAUACAAGAAUUGGUGGU